AUGGCGCGAUCUCCAGCAGUGACUUUCGCGCCGGAGGUGCGGGCCUCGCGCCGACUCCGGGACGAUGAGCGUGCCGUAUGUGCCACCUGGAGCCGUCACUCCGCCAAGUGCAAGCGCUGCUUCGACCCCGUGGCAGUAUGGAAGAAGGACGGCGAGCUUUGCGACAGAGGCCGAGCCUACGCCAUUGACGUCGCCAAAUACAUUUACUCGAAAGGCGGCCGGCCACACAGUGUCAUCGACAAGCAGGCAUUCGGUCAACGCACAGAAAUUGAAAUUCCCUACGAGUAUGAGGCCGUCCGAUUACUGGUCAAGGCAUUCGACAAAGGUCUCCAACUCACAUCAGCCCGACCUGUCGUCUCACAGGACCGCACCUACUACAUUGAACCCCGGGACGAUGGCUACUACGAGAUCACCGGCGGACGAAGGGAGAGAUACCAUGACGACAGCCGGCGACGAAGGACAGUACACUUCGACAGUGACGCCGACUACCACGGAAGUCUCUACUACGCAGAUCAACAGGCUCGCAAAUCGCGAAGCUGGUACAAUGAUGAGCCAAUCAUCAUCAUGGCCAACCCACGAAGCAGCAGGUACUAUCGCUGA